CCUAGGGCCUCUGGCUCCCGUGAAUCACCUCUCUGCUUUAAAUUGAAGAACAAUAUGAUCGGUGCUGUGAUUGGUCGCGGUGGAUCGAAAAUCAAGGACAUCCAAGGUACAACAAACACUAGAAUUCACAUAAUAAAAGGUGAUACUGAAGCAGAGGUAAAAAUUUUUGGCAGCCAUACCAUGAAAGAAAAGGCCAAAGCAAUCAUAGAAACUGUUGUUAAAAAACAAGAGGAAAGUUACAAUUGCGAAUACAGGGUUAAUACAGUUGCUGCCCAGCCUUCUGCUGGAAGAGAUUUAAGUAGAAAUAAUGUCAGCAGAGAAGUUCAGCCACCGAUAGAUUGGGAUCAAAUUCGGGUAGAGGCCGCCGAAUGGGAGAACAAGAAAUGGGCAGAUUUACCACCAAUUCAGAAAAAUUUUUACGUAGAAUCCGUAUCAACAAGUUCAAUGCCUCAGAUGCAAGUAGAUAAGUGGAGACAGGAUAAUUUCAAUGUAAUGUGUAACGACUUGAAAGAUAGUGGAAAACGUCCUAUUCCCAAUCCAACCUGUACUUUUGAAGAUGCCUUUAGAAGUUAUCCUGAAAUUAUGGCCAGCAUUAAAAAAGCAGGUUUUCUAAAACCAACACCAAUUCAGGCACAGGCAUGGCCAAUUGUUCUACAAGGAAUAGAUCUUAUAGGAGUUGCCCAAACUGGAACAGGCAAAACACUGUCCUAUUUAAUGCCUGGGUUUAUUCAUCUCAAGUUUCAACCAACAGCUAGCCACGAACGCAAGGGACCAGGCAUGCUAGUCCUUACACCCACUAGAGAGUUGGCCCUUCAAGUGGAAGCUGAAUGUUCUAAGUAUUCAUAUGAAGGUCUUAAAAGCGUUUGUAUAUAUGGAGGUGGAAAUAGAGAAGCCCAAAUACACGACGUUUCCAAAGGUGUAGAUAUCAUCAUUGCAACUCCUGGCCGACUAAAUGAUUUGCAAAUGAAUAACUUUGUCAAUCUAAGAAGCGUAACCUAUUUGGUGUUAGAUGAGGCUGAUAAAAUGCUAGACCUAGGGUUUGAACACCAGAUAAUGAAGAUUUUAUUAGAUGUGCGCCCAGAUAGGCAGACCAUUAUGACUAGUGCAACUUGGCCAGACGGUGUCCGUCGACUAGCACAAUCUUAUUUGAAAGAGCCCAUGAUUGUAUAUGUAGGUACUCUGGAUCUAGCUGCAGUAAAUACAGUGAAACAAAAUAUAAUCAUUACCACGGAAGAAAAGAAACGAUCUCUUAUCCAAGAGUUUCUAGAAAACAUGUCACCCAAAGACAAAGUUAUCAUAUUUGUCAGCAGAAAACUUAUUGCUGAUGACUUGUCAAGCGAUUUAAGCAUCCAGGGUAUACCUCUUCAGUCUAUGCACAGCAACAGAGACCAGAGUGAUCGUGAGCGAGCAUUAGAGGAUUUUAAAAGUGGAAAAGUGAAAAUACUGAUCGCUACCGAUUUAGCAUCCCGGGGCCUUGAUGUUCAUGAUAUCACACACGUAUACAAUUACGAUUUUCCACGGAAUAUCGAAGAGUAUGUCCACAGAGUGGGGCGCACUGGAAGAGCAGGGAAGACUGGCACAUCGGUUACCCUUAUCACUCAAGAUGAUUGGAAAAUCGCCACUGAGUUGAUUACAAUUCUGAAAAGAACAAAUCAGUUUGUCCCAGACGAACUUGUGGCACUGGCUGAGAGAUAUAAGGCGUAUAAACAACACAAGGAAACAGAAAAACAAUCAAGAAAAUCUCAAAGAAAACCUAAGGAGUUUUAUUGAUAACUACACUGAACAGUUGCACCAGGCU